GUGGUGAUGAGCAGAUACAUUAUUGUUAUGUUGAUCUGUGAGUUUAGCCCUAACCCUAACUGGGGAUCAUACAGACAGAGAUCAGUAGUCUAUGUAGUCUACUACAUGUAUACUAUAAGUAUUAUGAUCUACCCUCAAAAAUAUAAUAUCUUAUGAAUCAGGUGAUCUCAUGUGACUGCUCCUCCUCCCUCUUCCUCUCUCAUCAAUUUCAUCUCUUCCUCCCUUCUCCUUUCUAUCCUGCCGUCUCCCCUUCUCCCUUCCCUCCCCGUUUCAAUCCUCACAAUGCCUCCACUCAGUCCAUUCUGUGUGGCGAUCAGUCCGAAGGUCAGUACUCAUCAUUAGAAUUGAUUUGCCAGAAAUACACUCACGAUACUCUCCAGCGCAUCGCCGAUCCCCCCCCAGUGACGCGUUCCAGCAAGCGUCUUCGAGUCAAGGAGGAAUCCGUCGAGCCAGAGGUCCAGGUUAUUUCCGAUGAUAGCCAGUCCGAAUACCUUCCCGACGAUGAAGACGAUGACGAGGAGAAGGCAGGAAGGGACAGGGGAAGUCAAGUGGCCAUGGGAAGACUGGGAAAAACAAAGGCCACACAAGAGGCCAACAAAGUGCGCCGCGCUCAAGCCGGCACAGACAAUUCAUCUGCCUUUUGCACGGCGGAUCGGAAGUGGUGUUCACGCUGCAUUGCUGCCCUUGGCGACGACUUGCUCGUCUGCUGCUUCUGGAAGACACAGGAUGGGAAACAGUGUGUGCGGUGCAGCGUGAAUAACGCAACGUGCGAUACUGAAUACAUUGAUGGUGACCGAUUCGACGUUGCUGCUAAAGCCAUCAUCGCGUCUGUCGCCACUCUCGAUACGAAUGAUAAGCACGCCAUGGGCGCCCAUAAAGCUGCUUGCAAGGAUUGGGCAGAGAAUUACUACGCCUAUCGUCGGGUUCACGGACCAGCACCUGCGCCAAAGAAGAGAACUCGAUAUGAGCGUCCCGCCAGAGAGGCAGCUAGGGAGGCUGCUAGGGAGACUGCAGGGCCAACGGUGAUUGAGCUGGGGCCAAACACCCUCGCUAUGCUCAAGGGAAUUCACGAUGCUCUGGUGGAGUUGAAGGAUAAAUUGUGAUACUGUACGCUAAUCGCUAAAUUUAAUGCCAAUCUUGGAGAAAUGCUUCCAGUCCUUUAGGUAGAGAUAGGCGUCCUUGACGGAGGCGAUAUCAAAGAUCUUCUCAUCCAGAAUAGGCUUGAUGUCGUGCUGCUCGAUGAAGCGGUUCAUCUCGUCAAACUGCGCCCGCGAGCCGAGGAAGAAGCCGCGGGCAAUGAAGGAGUUGAACAGGGGGUCGAGCAGGGAGGGCGGGGCCUCGCCCUCGGGGACAGGGCCCAGGAUGCCCGUGGUGACGAUGAGGCCGUCGGUGCAGACGGCCUUGAUGGACUGCCCCAGGGUCGACAUGCCGCCCAUGUCGACGACGAUGUCCACGCCGCGGGCCCCGGG